GCUUAGCUGGAUCCUCUGCUUUAGGGUCUCACUGACUGCUGUCAUCUCAGGGCCCCAACCAGAAGGGAUCUAUUUUUCAAGCUCAAGAGCGAGUGGUUGAUGGCAGGAUUCAGUUCCUCAUGAGUUGCUGGGCAGAGCCCUCCGUUCCUCACGUGGCCUGCCUUGGUUCCUUGCCAUGUGAGCCUCUCCAUAGAGCAUAUCAUACAUGGUGAUUGGCCUCAUCAGGGGGAGCAAGCAGAUGGACAGGAGAGGGUGCUAGCAAGAGAACGUGCCCAAGUCACGGCAUUUUAUGAACUCAUCUUGAAAGUUAUCAGCCUAUACUUAGUAGGAGAGCAGAAGAAAAAAGCCUUCCUGGUCAUUGUGCUUUCUCCCUCUUGUGUGCAGACUGUGAGUCCUGUUCCUUUUGCUAUGUGAACACAGCUAUAAAUAACAGCAAAUCAUCCAGACAUGAUUUGAUCUGGUCCAGAGAAUGAAGGAGUAAAAAGGAGAGGAAACUCAGGAGAGAGGAACUCCUUGUACUGAACAUACUCCUUGCAGCUGAACAACACAUUUUGUCUGGAAGGAAGACCUGAGAAGUGCUUCUCCCUGGCUACCAUAGUUCUUCGGAUGAAAUGUCUCCUAGGAGAACACCGUGGACUGGAGAUGGAAGAAGAGAAACAGAUUAGGAGCUUGAAGUUGAAGACACCAAGUCCUUUAAUUUGCCUAUGUCAUUUGCCAGGGCAGUAGGUGAAGAAGGCCAGAUGGAAGCCCCGAAGCCAUAGAGAGAGCAUUAUGAAGGUAUAGUGCUAACAAGUAAUCAACACUACCAGGCUCGUGGUUAUUGACUCGUUACCGGUGAUACUGAGCAGCUCUUCCCACUCCAGGCAUGCGCAGUCAGACUCUCUACGGCCGGCUGAGGGGACCACAAGCCCUUCGGAUUUUGUGGAAGAGCGUGGCGGGCAUCUCAGUGUUGUCACAGGCCGUUGGAAAUUACCAUGACAACAAGCUUGGAGGCUUUUUGGGUGGCCUCUGGCCUGGUGCUAAGUAAGUGCAAGCUUCUCGACUCCUUACGGAUCCCAAAAAGCCAAACCUUCAAUGGCAGGACCCGUCAGUAACUGGCUUCCUGUGAUAUUCCCGGGAGAGGAGCCUCCUCCGAAGUCUUGAAGAUAAACCCUCAUCACGUCUGUGUGAGUUGUUGGCUAAAGGUCCAAACUCAAAACUCGUUACCUCCUCGGCAGAGCCUUUUCUGGCCCCCAGGCCACUCUGAGUUCUAUCUUAGCAUUCCCCCAUUCCUUGGUAUUCUCUCCGUAAGCCCUUUUCAGUUCAUUUCCCACUCAGGGCUUAAGAGGACAGUCGCUAGAAAAUAUGGCAGGCAGUCGAUAAAAAAUUGCGAGGAACUGCAUCAAAAUGCCAGUUGAUGUAAAUUUUAGGUCCAGUGAGAAAAAUCCCAUUUUUCUGGAAAAGACUACUGAUCUUUGAGAUUUGAGAAUGCAGCCGGCUCCCGAUUUUAUUUCUCCCUGGUAAAGGGAACAAUAACGGCCUGUGGGGAAAAGCGUGUGUGUGUGUGUGUGUGUGUGUGUGUGUGUAUUCUGCUUCGGCCCUCCCAGAUGUCAGUUACUGAAGGUUUAAGGCACAAAUCCCUUGGCCCAUUUUUUUCCCUCAGCAGCCGGCCGCCUUCAAAGGGCCCUGGGGAAGGCCGGUCGACAGCUCCCACAUGGGCAUUCCGCGGGCGUCCGUGUGCAUUUAAUUCAGAUACAGAGCGCAUUUUAUAGCAACUUGAACAUGCCAUUCUAACGUACUGGAAGAGAUGAGAAAUGGGGCUGUGAGUUCUCUCUGGGUUCACGGGCUCAGCAUGAGCAAGGUUUGCAGUGCCUUUCAGAGGGGGCCACAUCCGAAAUGAGAGGCCCAGGACAUCUGCGGGAUGGAGUCUGCGGGCCGGUUCCCGUCUGGGAAGAGCCGGCUGCCGGGCAGUGAUGGAAGCGUCCAGCAGGGGGCUGGCAUUCUCUGUCUAUAAGUAGCCCCGGUUCCCCCGCAGAGCCCCGGCUCAGCGCCGCUGCUGUUUGCUGGUGAAGUCAGUGACGUGCACAGCAUCCUGCCCAGAGGAUUGGAGGGCUUCUCAGUGCAGUUUUUUUUCUACCCACUUUAAACCUUCAGGUUCGAAAUAUCAGGAAGGAUAGGGCAUGCCGUAUGAAAAGAGCCGGCCAAAAGUUCCUAGUAAACUGCGGCCAGAGAGACUCAGCCUCGAAUGGAGGUAGAAGGAGUUGAUACAGAGUGGGUUUAAUUCCGGCUGACUUUUUGUUGUCGUUUGGUUGCGACUUACUGAAUUUAGACAUGUAUUCCGUUGGCCAUGUGAGGACCAGAGCAAGACCAGCAUCCAAAUAGCGCCAGACCCUUCCGAAUGCCACAGUGCAUGUGUCCUCAGAGUAUCUGUGUCAAGGAAGAUAAAGAGCCCAGCCUCGAUUUUAGCCUCAUCUUUGCCCAACUACAAAAUCAGAGUUAAGCAACAGCACCUGAGAGUCCUUUUCAGGUGGCAAGGAACCCAGAGGAUGGCUCUGAAUGAUUGCUUGCUUUUGAACUUGGAAGUGGAGCACUUCUUGUACUGCAACGUCUCCAAUCACAGUGCAGAUCUACCCGUGAACGACGACUGGUUCCACCCAGGGGUCUUCUAUGUCAUCCCGGCCGUCUAUGGGGUCAUCAUCCUGAUAGGCCUCAUCGGCAACGUCACGCUGAUCAAGAUCUUCUGUACGGUGAAGGCCAUGCGGAACGUGCCCAACCUGUUCAUCUCCAGUCUGGCCUUGGGAGACCUGCUCCUCCUGGUAACGUGCGCUCCUGUGGACGCCAGCCGGUACCUGGCCGACAGGUGGCUGUUCGGCAGGAUCGGCUGCAAACUGAUCCCGUUCAUACAGCUCACCUCGGUGGGGGUGUCUGUCUUCACGCUCACGGCUCUCUCGGCGGACAGGUACAAAGCCAUCGUCCGACCAAUGGAUAUCCAGGCCUCUCACGCUCUGAUGAAGAUCUGCCUCAAAGCCGCAUUGAUCUGGAUUAUCUCCAUGCUUCUAGCCAUCCCAGAGGCUGUGUUUUCUGAUCUACAUCCCUUCCAUGAGGAAAGCACCAACCAGACCUUCAUUAGCUGUGCCCCAUACCCACACUCUAAUGAGCUGCACCCCAAAAUUCACUCCAUGGCUUCCUUCCUGGUCUUCUACAUCAUUCCACUGUCGAUUAUCUCUGUCUACUACUACUUCAUUGCUAGAAAUCUGAUCCAGAGUGCUUACAAUCUGCCUGUGGAAGGGAAUAUACAUGUCAAGAAGCAGAUUGAAUCCCGGAAGCGCCUCGCCAAAACAGUGCUGGUGUUCGUGGGCCUCUUUGCCUUCUGCUGGCUCCCCAACCACAUCAUCUACCUGUACCGCUCCUACCACUACUCCGAGGUGGACACCUCCAUGCUCCACUUCAUCACCAGCAUCUGCGCCCGCCUCCUGGCCUUCACCAACUCCUGUGUGAACCCUUUCGCCCUCUACCUGCUGAGCAAGAGUUUCAGGAAACAAUUCAACACCCAGCUCCUCUGCUGCCGGCCUGGGCUGAUGACCCGCUCUCACAGCACUGGCAGAAGUACCACGUGCAUGACCUCCUUUAAGAGCACCAACCCCUCUGUGGCCACCUUCAGCCUCAUCAACGGAAACAUCUGUCAUGAAGGGUACGUCUAGGCUGAUCCUUGACCCUGGCACUCGGGGGCCCCGCUUUUGCUUUAUGGCUAGUAAAGAACCCCUCACAUCUGUUGUCUCUGUACCCUCCAAAGAGCCUUCGAAAGGCUAUGAAUUUGUAGGCAAGUUGCAGAGAAGCCCAAAUGGAUUGCUGUGGUGUUUGAAAGGCCCAUCAAGGCUUAUAUUUUCCAUUUCAACUUCUGAAUGUUCUUCUGAUGUUGAGCCAACUGUCCCUUUUUAGAAAAGGGAAUAAGAAAUUAUCUUUUUUUAAAAAGAUUUUAUUUAUUUAUUUGACAGACAGAGAUCACAAGUAG